AAUGUGCCCUACAUUUUUUCGUCUUGAAGACAGAUAUGAUUGUUGAAUAGGGUCAAAGUACAUGCCACAAAAGAGAGAAUAAUCUGUUCACAAUUAAAUGAUCAUGAUACAUCUCAGAGGCACGGCAGGCCUACAAGUCAAAUUUUGUACUAUUCACUGAACACUGUGGAUGCACACUUUACAUCUUGAUGUCAAUGCUGUUGUACAACGAGUUUCACAGAAAAACUGGAUCAGCUAAAAUGGCUUUUUUGUGAAGCCUGUCACGUGACCAAAGAGUAAUGCACCUCAUUAGAGCGCGAUGACUUUGAGAGAGGCAGACCCACCCACACUCAUAUGCUGAGGUUAAAAAUCACAUAUCAUUGUGGACAUUUUUAGACGGAGUUGAGAACAACGGGACAUCAGACCAGGGAAUGACAGCUGUUUUUAUGACUGUGCAUAUAGUACGCACUAAUGUCUGUUGAGGAGGAAGAGCGUGUUCAGUCUGGCUCAUUGCGUCAGCAGUAAUGUAAUCAGAUGUCUUCACAAAGGCAAGAAGAGAAGACAUCCAAACAUAGCCGAACUGAAAUGCCAUCACACCAUUUACAAUACUAAAGUUGACAGGAGUUGUCUGACAUCAGAUAUUUUUUCAACUUCCCGUUUCAACCAGCUGUUCAGCAUGCCUCUUUACAUCCAUGCCUUGGCAUGUGCUUUCGGUCUGGGCUCCUGGGUGUCCAUUAAUGGCUUGUGGGUGGAGCUUCCUCUGAUAGUCAAUGUUCUGCCAGAGGGUUGGGAUUUGCCCUCGUACCUCACAGUCAUCAUUCAGCUUGCCAACUUAGGCCCUCUGCUGGUGACCCUGGCACACAAAUUCUGUCCUGGACGACUACGUGAACAUCUGGUCAUCUACGCGGUCCUGUCGAUCGGUGUUGUAGCUUGCGUCCUACUUGCUGUGUUUUGGAAGAACACCACUGUGAUCCUUGGGCAACCACGUAGCACAGCAUUUUUCAUUCUCACGUUUUUUCUCGCUCUAGUCGACUGCACCUCAUCCGUCACCUUCCUGCCAUUCAUGAUGCAACUGCCAGCCAAAUACAUCACCACAUACUUCAUUGGAGAAGGUCUGAGCGGACUGGUUCCAGGCCUGGUGGCACUAGCACAAGGGGUCGGGAUGUCAAAAUGCGUCAAUGUGUCUCAUGUGUCAGAUAACCUCACAGAGCCUGGACCUCCGAUCUUCAUUGUGGAGACCCAGUACCUCCCUCCUAAUUUCUCCACUGAGAUCUUCUUCUCCUUCCUGGCCGUAAUGACAGCAAUAAGCCUGGGCUCCUUCAUCACAUUAAAACGCAUGCCUCGUACAUUUGAACUAUCCACUGAAAACCUCGUCCCGGACUCAGAUGCUGUUGCAACAGUCUGCAAGGGUUUGGAAGGCCCUGUGGACCCCAGUCCAAAGACAAAGAGUCCAGAGGAAGAGGAAAAGAUGAGAAGUACAGUGCUGCUUUCUAAACCACUGCACUCCGGCUAUCAGUUGGCGUUUAUCUAUUUUAUGGUUUUUUGGGUGAACGGUGCGACAAACGGACUGCUGCCCUCAGUGCAAACAUUCUCCUGUAUGCCAUAUGGAAAUAUGGCCUAUCACCUGUCAGCUGCUCUGUCGGCGGUAGCCAAUCCAGUGGCCUGCAUCAUUGCCAUGUUUUAUCCUAAACGUUCAUUAGUAUUUCUGGGCGUCCUGUGUCUGCUGGGCUCUGUUUUUGGAGGCUACAAUAUGUCCAUGGCUGCCAUGAGUCCCUGCCCAUUACUCCAAGAUACACCUCUAGGGGAUGCUAUAAUAGUUUUGUCAUGGGUGUUCUUCACUGGUCUGCUGUCCUAUGUGAAGGUGAUGGUGGGUGUGAUUCUGAGGGACCGGAGUCACAGCGCCCUUGUUUGGUGUGGAGCAGCAGUUCAAGCAGGCUCUUUGUUGGGCUCCGUCAUUAUGUUUCCCCUGGUUAACAUCUAUCAUUUUUUCCAAUCAGGAGACGCUUGCAACACCAUAUGCCCAUUAUAAUAAGGGUUUAAUAAGACUAACAGGGGAAUAAGCUACUGCUUACUGGGCUAAUGAUUGUAUCAUAUUGUUUAAUGAAUAUUUGGCACUUAUUUGAAACUCCUUAGAACUGUUUUGAUGCUCUUCUAUUUUCUUUUCACAUUAACUUAACAGUUGUACAUUUUUUUUUUAAUUAUUGUGGAUUAUUAUUUAUUGUUCAUGAUAUCUGGAAAUAUCUAUACGUGUUUCUGGAUCACUUCUGGAUUACCAAUCUUAUAUUAUAGCAACAUUUUAUGAUUACUUGUGCUGUCAAACAAUUAAUCGCGAUCAAUCGCAUCCAAAAUAAAAGUUUUUGUUUACAUAA